AUGAGACAGCAACCACACAAUAGAUAUCCCAAAGGUCAAGAUACGGUCUUCAACAAUAGACAGCAACCACACAAUAGAUAUCCCAAAGGUCAAGAUACGGUCUUCAACAAUAGACAGCAACCACACAAUAGAUAUCCCAAAGGUCAAGAUACUGUCUUCAAUAAUAGACAGCUACCACACAAUAGAUAUCCCAAAGGUCAAGAUACGGUCUUCAACAAUAGACAGCAACCACACAAUAGAUAUCCAAAAGGUCAAGAUACGGUCUUCAACAAUAGACAGCAACCACACAAUAGAUAUCCCAAAGGUCAAGAUACGGUCUUCAACAAUAGACAGCAACCACACAAUAGAUAUCCCAAAGGUCAAGAUACGGUCUUCAACAAUAGACAGCAACCACACAAUAGAUAUCCCAAAGGUCAAGAUACGGUCUUCAACAAUAGACAGCAACCACACAAUAGAUAUCCCAAAGGUCAAGAUACGGUCUUCAACAAUAGACAGCAACCACACAAUAGAUAUCCCAAAGGUCAAGAUACGGUCUUCAACAAUAGACAGCAACCACACAAUAGAUAUCCCAAAGGUCAAGAUACUGUCUUCAAUAAUAGACAGCUACCACACAAUAGAUAUCCCAAAGGUCAAGAUACGGUCUUCAACAAUAGACAGCAACCACACAAUAGAUAUCCAAAAGGUCAAGAUACGGUCUUCAACAAUAGACAGCAACCACACAAUAGAUAUCCCAAAGGUCAAGAUACGGUCUUCAACAAUAGACAGCAACCACACAAUAGAUAUCCCAAAGGUCAAGAUACGGUCUUCAACAACAGACAGCAACCACACAAUAGAUAUCCCAAAGGUCAAGAUACGGUCUUCAACAAUAGACAGCAACCAUACAAUAGAUAUCCCAAAGGUCAAGAUCCGGUCUUCAACAAUAGACAGCAACCACACAAUAGAUAUCCCAAAGGUCAAGAUACGGUCUUCAACAAUAGACAGCAACCACACAAUAGAUAUCCCAAAGGUCAAGAUACGGUCUUCAACAAUAGACAGCAACCACACAAUAGAUAUCCCAAAGGUCAAGAUACGGUCUUCAACAAUAGACAGCUACCACACAAUAGAUAUCCCUAA